CAAAGUUAACGGUUAGUACGAAAGUUUUAAGUUUUAUGAAAAUUUGUUCCGCGAAUUUAUUAACUUGAACGUGAACCGAGUCCGAAUUGACCAAAACUUCCAAUCUGUUGACAUACAAAAGUAUUCUAAACUAAGAAAAUGGAAAUAAAAGAAGAGUUAGAUACAAAAGAUUUCAAUUUUACUUUUGAACCAAGUAAAGAAAAUUUUGCUGUUGUAUUAAAGAAUUGCAAGAAAGAAUUAAAAACGGAAGAUAAGAAGUUUUGUGUAAGAAUCAAAUCAGAACCGUUAGAAUAUGAAAACGAUAAUAAUACAGAGAUAAAUACUUAUGAAAAUUUAAGAAAUAACACAAACUCUUUUAAUCCUUGGAGUAAUUCCGGUUAUACCAGUGAAAUAGAUAUCAAGAAAGAAGUAAAAGAGAAUUGUGAUGUUAAACAUGGUAUAAAAUCAGAAUGUAAAGUUGAUUUGAAAAAAUUGAAAAUUGAAGUAAAGACUGAAGAUUGUAAAGAAGUUGUUCAUCUCCCAGAUGAUAAUGAACAGGUAAUGCCUGUCAGCAAAGAAUACUUCACUUUAAACGAAAAUUUUAACAAGGAUGAAAUGAACAUCCAAAAUAUCAAGAAAGAAGAAGUAAAAGAGAAUUAUGAUAUAAAACAAGGUAUAAAAUCAGAAUGUAAAGUUGUUUUGAAGAAAUUGAAAUUUGAAGUAAAGAGGGAAGAUUGUAAAGAAGUUGUUCAUCUCCCAGAUGAUAAUGAAAAGAUAAAUAUUAAAAGAGAACCAAUUCCUACUAACAACACAAACGGAUCCACUAUUUGGAGUCAUUCUGGUUAUAAAAUCGAAAGAGAUAUUAAGAAAGAAGAAAUAAAAGAGAAUUGUGAUGUAAAACAUGGUAUAAAAUCAGAAUGUAAACUUGAUUUUAAAAAAUUGAAGAUUGAAGUAAAGACUGAAGAUUAUAAAGAAGUUUUUCAUCUCCCAGAUGAUGAUGAAAACGUAUUGCCUGUCAACAAUGAAUAUUUCACUCCAAACGAAAAUUUUAACAAGAAUGAAACGAACAUUAAAAUUGAGCAAGAAGAGGAAAUUAAGAAAUACAAUAUCCAGCAGAAUUCAGAAAUAGAAAAACAAUUUAAAUAUAAUAUCAAAACAAAAAGCUACCUUACAUCGAGCAGAAAAUGCAAUAAAAUUCAUGACAAGAUUAAAAGGAAAUACUUUAAGGUUAUGAUCGCAUCAGAUUCUAAACAAGAAUUUAUGUGUGAAUUAUGUAAACAGACAUUUACAAAUAAGAGAAUAUUGGAAACACAUCUGUUCUGUCAUAUUAGAAAAAAACCAUUUUGCUGCACAAGCUGCAAUGAGAAGUUUUUAUGGCAAUUUCUUUUGCGAAGACACAUGAAAGAACACAAAACUGGAAAUGAAAACGAAAUCUCUCACAUGAAUUUACGUUUGCAGCUAUCUGGAAAUCGAGUGAAGUUAUUUUCAAGAAAUGAUAAAGUUCAUGCAUGCAAGAUAAGUGGAAAAGAAUAUAAGUAUGAAGAUCGACCUAUCAAAUCCGAUAUUUAUAAUAAGAAUUUUAAAAGGAAAAAGCAACUGAAAAGCUAUAAAAAAACAUACAGUGAAAAACGUCCUUUCAAAUGCGAUAUUUGUAAUAAGGGUUUCAAAUCGAAAUUGCAUUUAAAAAGUCAUCACUUAAAACAUAGUGAAGAACGUACUUUCAAAUGCGAUAUUUGUAAUAAGGGUUUCAAAUGGAAAGGGCAACUAAAAAGCCAUCACUUAACUCAUAGUGAAGAACGUACUUUCAAAUGCGAUAUUUAUUCAUUUCUAGUGAUGUUUGUAAAAAGAAAUUUACGACUCGAAUUCCAAACUCAUCAAAAGUCUAAUCAUAUGCCGAAUCGUUAUUUACUUAUGUUUUAUAAUACAGUUACAAAUACUUGUAAUUAG